GAUCACUGCUAUUAUCAUGGACGCAUCCAGAAUGAUGCUGACUCAACUGCAAGCAUCAGUGCAUGCAAUGGUUUGAAAGGACAUUUCAAGCUUCAAGGGAAGAUGUACCUUAUUGAACCUUUGAAGUUUUCUGACAGUGAAGCCCAUGCAGUCUUCAAAUAUGAAAAUGUAGAAAAAGAGGAUGAGGCCCCCAAAAUGUGUGGGGUAACCCAAACUAAUUGGGAAUCAGAUGAGCCCAUCAAAAAGGCCUCUCAGUUAGUUGUUACUGCUGAACAACAAAGAUUCCCCCGAAGAUACGUUAAGCUUGCAAUAGUUGCGGACCACAGAAUGGUCAAGAAGCACAAGGAAAAUUUAAGACCGUGGGUUUUUCAAAUGGUCAACAGUGUAAAUCAGGUAAGAAGACAUGGUGAAUAUUAUUUCACUUUUUGAUUUUAAACUUCUCUC